CUUGUUUUGUCUUCUCAAUCUAAACUUAGCAUCUCCUGUUUCGUCCGCCACCAUCGACUCUCCGUCGUCCUCCUCCCUCUCUCUCCACCACCAUGAAAAAAGCAAACGAAUUAAAGAAGAAAAACAAGAGGCUGAUAACCGAAGGAAGAGUUGACGAAAGAAUGAGGAAGACGAAGGUGGCAUUUGCUUUCGUCUUCUACCUUCUGAUCCACCUGAUGGUCCUCGCGCAGCCGGCAGCUGCAGAUGGGACGGCGGCCUCAAUGACGGACGCCACGGCCCUCCUCCUCCUCAAGGACUCCUUCAAAGACGCCGCCGACGCCCUCUCCUCGUGGUCCUCCUCCACCCCUCCCUGCGGCCCCCCCUCACAAUGGUUAGGAGUCAUCUGCCUCCACGGCAUCGUCAUCGGUCUCCGCCUCGCCAACCUCGGCCUCUCCGGUACAAUCAAUGUUGACGCCCUCUCCCACUUCAAGGGCCUCCGCUCCGUCAGCCUCAACAACAACAACCUCUCCGGUCCCCUCCCGCCGGGCCUCGCGAGCGUCCGCACCAUGAGGUCCUUCUUCCUCUCCCACAACCGCUUCGAUGGCGAGAUCCCCGACGCGGUCUUCAGCUCCAUGAGCCGCCUCAAGAAGCUCUGGCUCGAUCAUAACCAGUUCUCAGGGCCCAUCCCCACCUCCAUCUUCAACGCCACCAAGCUCACCGAGCUCCGUCUCGACGACAACGCCUUCGACGGCCUCAUCCCUUCCCUCAACCUCUCUUCUCUCAAGUCGUUCAAUGCCUCCAACAACCGCCUCACCGGACCCAUUCCAGCCUCCUUGGCUCGCUUUGACGCCUCCUCUUUUGCGGGAAAUCCGGAUCUAUGCGGCCCCCCUCUCAGCUCCACCCCCUGCCCCACAACGAGCCCGGCCCCAACCAUGGAGGAGCUGCCGAAGGAGCAGAGUAGCUUCGGAAAGACACUCGCUAUCCUGGUCGGGAUAGCGGUGGCGGUGGCCGCCCUCAUCGCCAUAGUCACGUUAUUGCGCGGACGACGGCGGGAGGACAAAUUUGAUACGCUCAGCAUGGUGGCCUCCGCCGAGGCUAUGGAGUCGGCUGCUGUAGCUGCACCGCCGCAAGUCCCUGGUUCGAUUCAAAAGCAGGCGGAGGAGUCCGGAUCGAGCCACAAGCGGUCCGGGUCGAGACGAGGCACGGGGACGGCGGCCGUGCGCGGGGCUGCUGAGCUGGUCAUGAUCAACGAAGAUAAGGGCGCGUUCAGCCUUACGGACAUGAUGAAGGCCUCCGCCGAGGUGCUCGGCAAUGGCGGCCUCGGAUCCGCCUACAAGGCCGCCAUGGCCAACGGCUUGACCGUCGUCGUCAAGCGGAUGCGGGACGCGAACCGGAUCGGAAAGGAGGCCUUCGACGGGGAGAUGAGGCGGAUCGGCAAGCUUCGCCACCCCAACGUCCUCACACCACUGGCCUACCAUUACCGCAAGGAGGAGAAGCUCAUUGUCUCCGAGUACGUCCCCAUGGGCAGCCUGCGCUACGUGCUCCACGGGGAUCGGGGGCCGAACUACCAUGCGUUGGACUGGCCGACGCGGCUAAAGAUCGCGCGGGGGAUGGCGCGCGGCAUGGCGUACCUCCACGCCGAGCUGGCUUCCCUCGACGUGCCCCAUGGCAACCUCAAGUCCGCCAACGUCCUCCUCGGCGACGACUUCGAGCCGAUGAUCACCGACCACGGCCUCGCUGCGCUGGUCGGCGCGGCGCAGGCGUCGCAGGUCAUGUUCUCCUACCGGACACCCGAGGGCACACAGCACCGCCUGGUGUCGCCCAAGUCCGACGUCUACUGCCUCGGGAUCGUCAUCCUGGAGCUGAUCACCGGAAAAUUCCCGUCGCAGUACAUAAACAACACCAAGGGCGGAACCGACGUCGUGCAGUGGGCGGCGUCGGCCAUCGCGGAGAAGCGGGAGGCCGAGCUAUUGGACCGGGUCAUCGCAUCCCACCCUUCGACGGGCGACAUGGUGCGGCUCCUCAGGGUCGGCGCCGCGUGUGUCGACCCGGACCCGGAGCAGAGGCCGGAGAUGGCGGAUGUGGCGGUGCUCAUCGGGGAGAUCGCGGACGCCGCUGCCGUCGAACAGUGACUGGACCAAUGUUAUUUAGCAUGACUGGCCAAGCCACGUUCGGUAUAGCAUGGUUGAUACCCCCGAACAACACAGCCACCCCCACAAAGAGCAUACACAUCUAUUCUUCAACCAUGUUAUGUGACAUGGUUUGUUAAGCCAUGCUAAGUGACAUUAUUACCCUCGGCCAUCGAAGUACGUAAGGCACAUAUUAUUUGCUAAGGGAUCAUGAUGACACAACAUGAGGCACACAGAUUUAUUGUUCAUGUAUCGAUCACGCGGACCCAUGUAGAAGUCAUGAACGCAUUCAUAAUUGGUCCA